AUGGAGACGACUCAGUCGGUGCUGGCAGCGGUCCGUCCAGGGGACUGGAUGGUGUCUCUGGACUUAAAAGAAACCUACUUUCAUAUCCCCAUCCACCCGACUUCUAGGAAAUUCCUAAGAUUCGUAGUUCAGAGCAGGUGCUUCCAGUUCAGAGCCCUUUGUUUCGGGCUCAGCACGGCCCCUCAAGUUUUCACCCGAGUAAUGUCAAACGUGGCUGGAUGGCUUCAUCAAGAAGGGAUAAGAGUAUCCCUAUACCUGGACGACUGGUUGAUAAGGUCGCAAUCAAUGAGCAGGUGUCUGGAGGACUUGCACAAGACGUUUCUGAUGACCCAGGAGCUGGGUCUCAUCAUCAACAAGGAGAAACCCCAGAUUGAGCGGAGUCAGACGAUUCUUUAUUUGGGGAUAGUUCUAGACUCAGCUCUUUUUUUGGGCUUUUCCCUCCCAAGAGAGGCAAAACAAGUGCCUCGAGAAGGUGCAGGAAUUCCUGGGGAGAGAGAAGUGCUUGGCAAGGGAAUGGAUGAGUUUGCUGGGCACCCUCUCCUCGCUCGAGCAGUUUGUCUCCCCGGGAAGGUUGCAUCUCAGACCUCUGCAGCACUUCCUUUCAAGAGUCUGGGACAGGAAGAGUCAGGAGGACUCCUUUCCCUUUCCCAUUCCAGCAGAGAUCAAAGAACAUCUGAGUUGGUGGCUGGAGCCGUCGAAGUUGAGGGAAGGAAUCUCCCUGUUCAAGAAGAACCCAGACCUUGUGUUGUUCUCAGAUGCUUCGGAGUCAUGUUGGGGAGCAGAGAGGUCUCAGGCUCUUGGAAAGUGCAACAGAAAGAAUGGCACAUCAACAGGAAAGAGUUGAUGGCCGUUCUGUUAGGAUUAAAAGCCUUCAAAGAUGCUGUCUCGGGGAGAGUAGUGGAAGUCAAUUCGGACAACACCACGGCCCUGGCUUACAUGUAA